GCGACACACGUACUCUGUGACACGGCUCGAAGGCCUUAUAAUUUUAUCCACGCACAUGAUACGACGAGUUUAUUUCGUACCGAUUAAUAUAGAAAUUCAUUCGGUCGGUAAUACGCAAUUUUUUUCCUCCGCGAUUCUCGCUAAACAGGAUAGCUACUGCUGCUACUGAGCCAGUAGGUAUUAUACCGUAAGACGAGCUAGUGACGAACGGAAAAUCGAAAUUAAAUUAAAUCGCGAUCGUAUGUGCAUGUGUGUGUGUGCGUGCAUGGCUAGGUGUUAGUGAGUGUGUAUUAUCUUGGUUCUUUUUCUUCGGUUUGAAACUGAGUUGAAUUAAUAGAUUUCGRGUGAAUUUCGCAAACAUGGCAACUACAUUGACCGUUGCAGGGAUGUGUUGGGCGACACUAUCAUUAGCAGCAUCAUUCCUAUGCAGUUUUGGGUUCUAUUUACCAUUUUGGAUACAGGGUCGAUUAAUGGACAAGGCUGAUGCGUACUUCAGCUCGUUCCGAAGGUGCAACUACCCAAGACUUAUGUCAGACGGAACGGUGGCGCUUGUACACGAGUGCGGCCGAUACGCUAAGUUCAACGACAUUCCAAGUGUAUGGUGGCAGAUAAGCACCAUUCUUAUAGGAGGCGCGACUGCAAUCACGGUUAUUGUGGCGGUAUCUGCUGUAUCUGCAUGUUGCGUGACACAUGUCAUCCAAAAGUCGACAGCCAAAGUCGCCGGAUACCUGCAGCUGUUGGCUGCGGCUCUCGUGAGCAGUGGUGGUGCUAUUUAUCCGAUUGGCUGGGAUAAUAGAGAAGUGAAAGAGUCCUGUGGGAACAUAUCUGGACCAUAUAAACUAGGAACGUGUCAUCUGUCGUGGUCCGUGUACAUGCUAGGUUCUUCGGUGGCUCUACUCUUACUGUGCUUCUACCUGAGCUUCUACUCGUCCCGCGACAGCCCUGGCAAUUCAUUUCGUUCCAUCUGAUGAGUGCACGCUCAGGCCACAGCAUCCUCCUCCGCACCUGACCCAGGAUACGCCGCUGGCCAUUAUUUCUGUCGCACGUGAAACGCACAUUGCUUGCAACUACAACGACAACGAAGACGACGAAAUAACACAAUUCAAACCAACCAUUAUCGCUCAUUGUAAACUCUAACACAAUAAUAAUAUAUUAUAUCGUAUAUAGUAUUCUUCAAAAAUCAUAUUAUUAUAACGGGUAGAUAGGUACUUAUGAUAUUAUCAUCAUCAUUAUCAUUAUUAUUAUUAUUAUUCCAAUAACUAUGACUGU